AACCAAAACGCAAACGUAAACGCAAAAAGAGACCAAAGUCUCUCUCGGAGGAUUUGAGCAAACCCCAAAUUUUUUUUUUUUAAAUAAAAAAAAAAAAUUUAAAAAUCGUUGUCUUCGCCAACCCGUUUCAAAUAUCUAUCUCGCCCAAAGUUCCUCAAAAUCAUUAUCGCAGCGCUCUUCUUUCACAGAUGGAGGUUCGAGCUCCAACUCGACCUUCCAUCGCCACCAAAGUUUCGAUACCUUAUUAUUGCUUGACCUCCAAACCCUAAAAUUUUGUGUGUUUUGUUUCCCCCCAAUUCGCUCAAUUUCUCUUCUUUGUCUUGGUUUUUGUUAUCUUCGUCGGUUGUGGUCACCACCACCACCACCACCGGCCGACCAUGUUUCCGUGGAACAUCGCGAAAUCUGCUGAGGCGAUGUUCUCGCGGUGGGCUUUGAAGAGGUUGUGUAAAUUCUUGUUGAAGAAGAAGUUGGGUCAGUUUUUGUUGGGGGAUAUCGAUCUCGACCAGCUCGAUGUGCAGCUCACUCAAGGCACAAUUCAGCUCAGUGAUCUCGCGCUUAAUGUCGAUUAUAUUAAUGAGAAGUUGGGUGCAGCUGCGUCUCUUAUGAUAAAAGAAGGAUCCGUUGGUUCUCUAUUAGUUAGAUUGCCUUGGAAGGUUAAAGGUUGUCAAGUUGAGGUGGAUGAACUUGAGCUUGUGCUUGCUCCCUGUGCGGAGUAUAAUUUACGUGCUGGAGCUGAAACUUGCAACUCUGGUCAGGAUGGUAAUGGAGACCUUCAUUGCGAUGCUGGUCAUGAUGUCAUUGAAAAAGCUGCAAAAUCUACUUCUGCGGAUGUACAUCAAGGUGUUAAGACAAUAGCGAAUAUGGUCAAGGAGUUUCUUACGAGCUUCCAUGUUAAGAUAAAAAAAUUGAUAGUCGCAUUUGAUCCAUAUUCACACAAGGAUGAGAAGAAAUCGGGUAGUCAUACAGCCUUGGUACUUAGAAUUUCUGAGACAGAAUGUGGAACUUGUGUUUCUGAUUAUGCUAAUCCGAAGCCUAAAACACAAGCUGGGAGCUUUCUUGGGAUUAGUCAGCUAACAAAUUUUGUAAAGUUUGAAGGAGCAAUAUUUGAACUUCUUCAAAUGGAUGGCUUUGAGAAUAAAACAUGCUUUCCGCAUACAGAAACAACACUUGGUGAAUCAUUGACAGAGUGCUGUUCAUCAAGUGUUACAACUCCAAUCCUGACAGGGAAGAAAGGCGGUUUUUCAGGAAAUGUAAAAUUAAGCAUACCUUGGGAAAAUGGAUCUUUGGACAUUCGUAAAGUGGAUGCAGAUGUUUCUAUUGACCCUGUGGAUUUAAAAUUUCAACCCAGCACAAUAAAAUGGCUUUUACAUUCAUGGGAAAAAUUUAAUAAGUUGGAGAAGAAUGGAAAUGAUUCUAUCCUUAAUAAGUCAACAGAUACUGUUCACCUUACUUCAGUGUCCAACUGCCAUUCAUCAAAACCGGUAUCUACUGCCUUUCCAGUGAACAAGGUGGUUCCAAUUCAUGGGGGCUUUUCCACUGAUUUAUCCUCUUUGACAAUGAAAGAAUGUGUAGCUGAAGCUGUGCUACCUGGGCCACAUCUUAUAUCUGAUUGGGUACCAUUAUAUUCGGAUAGAAGUCAAAAAGUUGGUGCUGAAGAACUUGAUUUUGGGGCAAGUGUGGAUCAGUUCUUUGAGUGUUUUGAUGGAAUGAGAAGUUCUCAAUCGGUGUUAGGAAGCAGCGGGAUGUGGAACUGGACACUUUUCAGUGCUAUUACUGCUGCAUCCAGCCUUGCUUCUGGAUCUUUGCAUGUUCCGUCUGAACAGCAGCAUGUUGAAACCAAUCUUAAGGCAACUUUUGCUGGAAUAUCUGUGUUUUUGUCCUUCCAAGAUGAAAACAAGAAAUAUCCAUGUGAUAAGGGUGAUCAGAUUAAUGCUGCAUCAUACAUUCCUCAUCUAGGUGCGGAAUGCCGAGACAUACAACUUGGAGUGCAGGUAUGUCCUCAAGAAAUGAGGUUCGAAGGAACAUUGAAGUAUCUUGAGAUUAUUCAUUGCUUACACUACAAAGAUGGUGAUGUGGACUCUGGCUUACAAGGGUUUAAUGAUGAUAAUAACAGCCAAAUGCAAAAGAUUCAACGACUUCAAGAAGAUGUUCAAGAUGCUCUUCCCUCACUUGCCUCGUCGGUUGAAUGUUCAGACAAGUUAAAUUGUUUAGCAGUUGAAGAUUUUCCAUUUGGAAAUAGAAACAAUGUGUUCAAAGUUACAAUGCUUAAAACUUCAGGUGUCACUUAUUGCCAAUUUACUGUGAAAUCAAGUUCAUUGAAUAGCUGUCCAAUGGGGCACACAUCCUUUUCAGUGAAAUUGCCACCAUUUGUUUUCUGGGUGGAUUUCCCCUUGAUAAAUAUGUUAUUAGAACUGUUCAAGGAGAUUGGAAAAUCUUUUGAAAAGCCUGGUGUAUUUCCAUCUGAGACCUUCAACGAAAAGCAUGGAUCAUCCCAUGGGGAUGUUGAAAGAGGCUCUAGUUCUUGCAUUGCAGCUUUGUCAUCAACAGAAAGUGUACAAGGUAACAUAUCUCUCCAUAGUGCGAGGGUGAUCCUAUGUUUCCCUCUUGGAAGUGACAAAGAUAUUAGACGCUUCUCUUCCUGGGAUCAAUUUGUUGCUCUUGAUUUUUCUUUACCAUCAGCUGAUAAUAGAAAAACAUAUCAAGACAGUGGUUUAGGUGGAAGGUCACAGAAAAGAUAUUCUUCCACAACGACAUGUUCUAUACAUUUGAAUUUUGCUAAUCUUGACAUUUUCUUGAUCAAUCCUGCAAGUAAAAAUCAUGUUGGAAUUUACUCCAGUAACAUGCAGAGACAGAAAUUUUCGGCUGAGAACAUUUUAUCUGCGAGCAACAGAACAGAUUAUCUUUCUGUCAUUAGUAUGUGUUUGCAGGAGGGUCUUGUGACUGGUCCUUGGAUAGCAAAGAGAGCCAAGUUGCUAGCUACUUUUGAGGAUUCAAAGAGCGGUAAUAAUUCUGUGGGAAAAGGUUACGAGUUUGCUUCUGUAUCUACCGUGAAAGAUAUGGAGGAUCUAAAUUCUCAAACUCGAGAAGAGAUUAUUUUGAGCUCUGCAAUUUUACUGCAUGUUCAUCUACCGGCUGUUACAGUCAAAUUAGGCAGUCCUCAAUAUCAAGGCUUAUGCUGUCUUUUGGAUAAGAUGGUAAGUGGAUUGUCGUGUGUGACACCUGCUGGAGACAAUGUUAAGGCAGAAUCUACCAUGUCACAGACAUCUAUUCUUGUGGACUGUGAUGAUGCAGAAUUUUUGAUUAGCCCGGAGUUAAAGGAGAAUAUCAAGGUCUCGAUACAGAGGGAACUUCCUGGUUCAUGGUGUCAUCUAAAACUGAAAAUUCAGAAGUUUUGCUUGCUGUCUGUCUCAAAUAUUGGUGGCAAUAAGGGUGCCAAUUUCUUCUGGUUAGCGCAUAAUGAAGGCAAAUUAUGGGGUUCCAUCACUGGCGUUCCUGAACAGGAGUUUCUCCUGAUUUCAUGUAGUAAUUCUGCAAUGAAACGUGGUGAUGGAGGAGGAUCAAAUGCAUUGUCAUGUAGGUUGGCUGGUUCUGAUAUUAUAUACUUGUGGGAGCCCGAGAGUUUCCAUGGUUUUACAUCUAUAACUGUCAGAUGUGGCACACUUGUUGCUGCAGGUGGUCGCUUGGAUUGGUUAGAUGCAAUAUUCUCCUUUUUCAGUGUUUCCUCGACUGAAAUUGAACAAAAUGAGAAGCGUUUGCAAAAUGGGGAUUUGGAUGCACCUUGUGGAUCUUCUUUUGUUCUUAAUUUAGUGGACAUUGGGUUGAGUUAUGAACCUUACGUUAAGAAUGGAGAGGCUAAGAGUGAAGUGUUUUCAAAUGGCAAAGAACAAGUUGGUGAGGAGUAUGUUGCAUGUCUAUUGGCUGCGUCGUCCUUAAAUCUCUCAAAUUCAGCUGUGGCAGGUUCUAUGGAAAAUGAAUACAAAAUUAGGAUACAAGAUCUUGGACUGCUUCUCUGUAUGGUGUCAGAGUGUGAUAAUUUAUGUGGUUCUUACGGUGCAGAACAUCUUCACAAGAUUGGCUAUGUUAAAAUUGCUCAGGAGGCACUUGUUGAAGCAAUUUUGAGAACCAAUUGUAAGAGUGGCCUUCUAUGGGAGGUAGAAUGUUCUAAAUCUCACAUUCAUGUAGAUACUUGUGGAGACACCACUUCUAGUAUGAUUCGUUUAGCUGCUCAAUUGCAACAGCUAUUUGCUCCUGAUCUUGAGGAAUCAGUUGUGCACUUGCAGACUAGAUGGAAUAAAGUUCAACAGGAACAAGAGAGAAAAUGGUUAAAUGAUGAGAUUAGGUUCUCUGAUGGUCAUUCUGCAACAUCAAUUUCUGAAAGGUCUUCUUCAAGUGUAGGCAUCCAGACUGACCCUGGGUCCGUUGGCUUGAUGGAUGAGAUACGUGAAGAUGCAUUUCACGUAAGUACGAAUGAAAUCUACCCUCAUGGUUCUUCUGAAUUGCAAAGUCAUAUUUCUCAUGAUGAAAACUUUCUUGAAGAGUUGGAUAACAUAAGCUUUGAUAGUCUUUCUUCUAAUCAGUCAUUCAAUGGGUUAGUGCCUGUAAUAGAAAUGGAAAGUAGUCAAACCUCAUCUUUUAUAGAAGGUAACUUACCAGAGUUUAUAGAAGGCUAUUGUUUAACUGAGUUACAGCCAAUAGAAUUAUCAAUUGGUGGAAAAUCAUCGCAUGAGAUUCAUAAAUGCAGCUCGGGUGAUGUUGGUAGUGGAGAUCUUGGAGGAGAAAUUAAUGGAUGGUAUAGGGAUGCCUCUUUCAGAAUAGUAGAAGACCAUGUUUUGAAGGCAAGUGAGGGGUGUAGUGUGAGCAAAUACGAGGAAGACCAGCUCUCUUCUAUUGACAAUGAUAAAGCCAACAAUUUGACAAAGGCCAUAGGGCGUUUACUUCUUAAAAACAUUAAUAUCAGAUGGAGAAUGCAUGCUGGUUUUGAUUGGCACUACUGCAGAAAGAAUGGUCGGCAGCCUAAAAAUGGUGGUGGAAGGGAUACGACUGUAUGUCUAGAGCUUUCACUAUCUGGAAUGGAAUUUCAAUAUGACAUGUUUCCAGUUGGUGAAAUACAUGUUUCUAAGCUUUCUCUUUCAGUUCAAGAUUUUUAUCUUGAUGAUAGAAGCAGAGAUGCUCCUUGGAAACUGGUGCUAGGAUAUUAUUGUUCAAAGGAUCAUCCUCGGAAGUCGUCCUCAAAAGCAUUCAAGCUCGACUUAGAAUCUGUUAGACCUGAUCCUUUAACACCUCUUGAAGAGUAUCGGUUACGCAUUGCAUUCCUUCCCAUGCGUUUGCAUCUUCACCAGCGCCAACUUGAUUUCCUCAUCACCUUUUUUGGGGCAAAAAGCUCAUCAGUUGACCAGUCUCCAGGUCAUCAUAAAGAUUCAGAUGGUUCCACAUCAUUGCCGGUGAUGAGUAAUACUGUUGCAGGGCACAGUACGAGCGUAGAGGAGGCAUUUCUUCCUUACUUUCAGGCAAUUGACAUAUGGCCUAUUCUUAUUCGGGUUGAUUACAGUCCCUGCCGUGUUGAUCUACCAGCACUGGGAGGCGGGAAGUAUGUGGAACUUGUUAAUCUUGUUCCAUGGAAGGGGGUUGAGCUACAACUCAAGCACGUUCAUGCUGUUGGUAUCUAUGGCUGGGGAAGCGUGUGUGAAACAAUUGUAGGGGAGUGGUUGGAAGAUAUAUCUCAAAAUCAGAUUCAUAAAAUAUUACAAGGUCUUCCUGCAGUACGUUCAUUGGUUGCUGUUGGUGCUGGUGCUACAAAACUAGUCUCUAUGCCUAUUGAAAAUUACAGGAAGGAUAAGAGACUACUUAAGGGAAUGCAAAGAGGUGCAACCGCAUUCCUUAGAAGUAUUUCACUUGAGGCUAUUGGGCUUGGAGUACAUUUGGCAGCUGGAGCUCACAAUAUUUUGCUCCAAGCAGAAUAUCUUUCUACAACCAUUUCUCCUUCUAUACCAUGGCCCAUACCGAGUAAAUUGAAAACAAAUGUUCGAUUUAAUCAGCCUAAAGAUGCUCAACAAGGAAUUGAACAGGCAUAUGAAAGCCUCAGUGAUGGCCUAGGAAAAUCUGCUUCUGCCUUGGUUCGAACACCCUUGAAAAACUUCCAGCGUGGAGCCAGUGCAGGCUCUGCUUUGGCAAGUGCUGUUCGGGCAGUUCCUGCUGCUGCUAUAGCUCCAGUUUCUGCUUGUGCAAGCGCCUUGCAUUAUACUCUUCUUGGCGUUAGAAAUAGCCUUGAUCCCCAGCACAAGAAAGAGUCCAUGGAGAAAUAUUUGGGUCCUACUCAGCAAUGGGAACAAAAUUGAUUGAGAUGAAACCAUCACUUCGAUUUUUCAAGAAAUUUUGUUUUGUUUACAGCAGAACAACGGGGAUCAAUAAUGUGACCUCCUUAUUUCUCAUGUAAGAUCCCUAUGUAUCAUGUGUGCAGUUUAGGGAAAUUUUCGAAAAAGAUUCUUUUCCGUCAAAGACAUGGCUGUGGUUCUGUACAAAGUGUAGAUAUGGGUGCUUAUAAAUAUUUAACACUGACAAAUUGAAUUGAUAUAGAAGUUAGUAGUUACUAUGUAUUUCAGAAGUUAGUAGUUACCAUGUAUUUCACCCAAAAAAAAAAAAAAAAAUGGUAGUUAGUAUGUAUACCCCAUUAUAAUUCUUUCGAAAGCCUCAUUCAAAUGUAUGUUGAUUCUGUUGAUUGUAAAUAGUUCUUCAAAAUUCUUUUAUUUUGGGCGACCAGCAGCAUUAUGUAAUUAUACUAGUGUAAUAUUAAUGCUAGAUGCGAGUCAAGUGCUUGUUUUUUUC